AUGUCCUCCUCACAGAGACACGUCUUCACCCCCGAAUCACCAAGCCGCUUCUACCCAACGACCCGCGUCGUGACGGCCAUUCCCAACAACCCACCGCCCGACUACCCCAUUUCCGUCCUCGGCAAGAUCAAGUACGCGCUCCGCCGCAAGGCCGUCAAGGCCGCUGCUGCCGAGCGUACGCCGCAGACGCCGCAGACUACGUACCACACCAACGAGAGGGGCCAGAUCAUCGAGACGAGUGCAUUUCGGCUCAUGUAG